AUGUUGGUGACUGAGGCCCUUCGCGCCGCCAUCAAGGAGGCCAAGUCCGUCACGGACAAGCCCACCAUGAUCAAGAUCACCACCACCAUCGGCUACGGUUCCCCCAACAAGGCCAACUCGUACGCCGUCCACGGUGCUGCUCUCGGUGCCAGCGAGGUCACCGCAACCAGGGAGAACCUCAACUGGCCUUAUGCGCCAUUCGAAGUCCCUGCUGAGGUCUAUGAGCACACGCACAAGAAGAUUGAGGAGGGUGCCAAGCUGGAGGCUGACUGGAACGCUCUUCUGGCUAAGUACGAGAAGGAGUACCCCACGGAGGCCGCCCAGUUCAAGCAGCUCAUCAGCCUCGAGCUGCCAGAGGGCUGGGAGAAGGCCCUUCCGACCUACACCCCUCACAUGCCAGGGGAUGCUACCCGCAACCUGUCCCAAGUGAUGCUCAACGCCCUGGCCGAUGUUCUCCCCGGCCUUGUUGGUGGCUCUGCUGAUCUGGCCUCCUCCAACAUGACCCUGCUGGAGAAGCACGGUAACUUCCAGAAGGACACCCCUGCUGAGAGGAACAUCCGCUUCGGUGUGCGCGAGCACGCCAUGGGAGCCAUCGCCAACGGUAUCCAGCUUCACCACACUGGCCUCAUCCCCUACGUCGCCACCUUCUUCAUCUUCUCCGACUACAUGCGCAAUGCCAUCCGCAUCUCCGCGCUCGGCGAGACUGGUAUCAUUCAGGUCAUGACCCACGACUCCAUUGGUCUUGGAGAGGACGGCCCCACUCACCAGCCUAUUGAACACCUAGCGUCCUUCCGCGCCAUGCCCAACCUGCUGAUGAUGAGGCCUGCUGACGGCAACGAGACUGCGGGGGCGUACAAGGUGACUGUGCAGAACAGGAAGAGGCCGACUGUGCUUGCUCUCUCCCGCCAAAAGCUGCCCAACCUUCCCGGCACCUCCAUCGAGGGCACACAGAAGGGUGGAUACACCAUCAGUGACAACUCAUCUGGCAAGCCUGACGUGAUCCUCAUGGCCACCGGCUCUGAGCUCGAGAUGGCGGAGAAGGCAGCCAAGAUCCUCAGGGACGAGGGCAAGGGUGUGCGCGUUGUCUCCAUGGUCUGCUGGGAGCUGUUUGAGGAGCAGCCCGAGGAGUACAAGAAGUCUGUCCUCCCUGAUGAUGUCCGUGCUCGUGUCUCUGUUGAGGCUGGCUCCACCCUCGGCUGGCACAAGUACAAACCCUAG